GUGACCUGAAGACACACAUGAGAACUCACACGGGAGAGAAACCGUACAAGUGCGAUCUGUGUGAUGGUGCCUUUGCUCAUUCGGGUGACCUGAAGACACACAUGAGAACUCACACGGGAGAGAAACCGUACAAGUGCGAUCUGUGUGAUGGUGCCUUUGCUCAUUCGGGUGACCUGAAGACACACAUGAGAACUCACACGGGAGAGAAACCGUACAAGUGCGAUCUAUGUGAUGCUGCCUUUGCUCAUUCGGGUGACCUGAAGACACACAUGAGAACUCACACGGGAGAGAAACCCUACAAGAUUGAAAAUCUAUAUGAGUGCGAUCUGUGUGAUGCUGCAUUCUCACAAUCGUGUCGGAUGAAGAGACACAUGAGAACUCACACGGGAGAGAAACCAUACAAGUGCGAUCUGUGUGAUGCUACCUUUGCACGCUCGGAUAACCUGAAGACACACACAAGAACUCACACGGGAGAGAAACCGUACAAGUGCGAUCUGUGUGAUGCUACCUUUGCACAAUCGAGUAAUCUGAAGACACACAUAAGAACUCACACUCAAGAGAAACCGUACAAGUGCGAA